UGCACCUACGUGUGAGCAACAGGAUGCUAAGUGUAUGUGUUGUCAAGAGUUCACAGAGGAAACUUCAUAAAGCAUCACAUGAACAGAAAACACCCACAAAAAAAAUUUCCACUUGACUGGCCAAUCACAGCCUGUACUUCCUUUAAUGGAAACGUCUGCCCUUCGUGAUACUGUGAGACGUGUUAUGCUGUCUUUGAACUCUCGGCCGUCGUCACACAUGGACGUGCUGCACAUUGUCCUGCUCGCUCUCUUAGGAGUUGUUUCUUACAGUCAUGGUCAGAUUUCUGGAUCAGAGUUGGAGGUGACAGCCAGACCAGGAGACAACGUCACUCUCUACUGUGACUGCAAAAAAUCAAGUGGAGUUUACAUCGUGUGGUUCAGGAACUGCUCUCAUGAGAACCAACCUUCUCUUGUCCUAAGAUACCUUAAAAAACAAAAUGAAAAUGUAUACACUCUAAAUCCCAUUCCUCGUUUCCACUUCGUCGUUAAUGAUUCCUCUAACUCCUAUGACCUGAUGAUCAUGAACGUCACUGAUUUGGAUGAGGGGCUCUACUACUGUGGAACUGAACAGAACAAGGUGUACGAUAACGGGAAGGAUAAAAUUACUCGCAGAGUUGAGUUCAGAUAUGGCAACGUCACAACAAGGAUCAAAAUCAACUCUAGUGAGACUCAUCACUGUGAUCAAGAUCCUCCAGGAGACUGUGAUAUGUGCUGGAUGCUGCUGUUCUCUCUGUGUCCAUCGUUUGCUGUUCUCUCCUCUCUCCUCUCCUCUCUUGUGGUUUAUUGCCUCUGUAACAAAAAAGCUAAAGAAACUCAAGUUGAUCAGCGACAGCCUGAAACCAGAGGACUGAAUCAGGAUGAAGAUGUGUGUUACGCUGCGCUGGAGAUCCGUCAGACAUCAAACAGACCAAAGAAGAAGAAAACCCAGAGUUCUGACUUCAGCACCUAUUCUGCCAUCAAUACUUCGAGGGCGUCGAGGGCCUGAAGCUAAAGAAAAUGAAUCGU